GUCGCUGGACGACGAACCAUCCGCGCUAGAUAUUCUUCAGUAAAACCGCUUCCUCCUAUUGACUUUCCGGAUUUUAUCAGUAAUAUAAGAUGCAGCCCAAAGUGACCGCUUUGUGUACUCUGUUGGCGUUCGCAGCUUUUGUCGUAAUUUCGAGUCCCACAGUCGACGCAAUACCCCACAGCCGUGAGACCUAUUGGGAUCAACAGGAUGACAUAGACCGAGACGAGCUUCUAGAGAUACUUUCUCGUCUCAGUCACACCGUUGUAAAUCGCCCUGAGAUUGAAAACACUAAGCGAUCUGAUAUGGGACUCGGUCGUUCCUUCGCCGCUACCCAAGCGUUGAGAAAAUACAUGGGGCUCUCGAGUGCGGACUACUUCGGACGAAGACGUCGUUCGGAACAGGCGUAGAUCACACACAAACAUAAUCGUCGACGAAGAGAGAUUACUUAUCUAACAAGUCGUAAUAAUUAUCCCUUCCGACUCUAACUCUUUAACCAUUUCUCGAUUUUAAACUCGUCAUUUUUUUGACGAAUAUAUCACAUUAAUGUGUGUAGAGUGUUUUUUCGUUAUAAGAUUGUUUUUAAUGUACGGAAUAAUAAUAAUGAUAAUAGCUUCGAUCAUGUGUUGCAAGAUAAAUGAAGAGACGUUAUAGCAUCUCUCUCAGAUAAGAGAGAGAAAGAGAGAGAGAGAGAGAGAGAGAGAGAGAGAGGGAGAGAGCGUUUCGCUGAUCU